AUGGCUGACGAAGCACCGAGCACCGUGGUGAACAGAGGGCUCGACUCCCUUGUUAAGGACCCCCGAGCCACUCAAGACUUCAGCGCCGAGGCCGACACUGCUAUUACAACCAGCCGUGAUAUGGUCAAGGCUGGGCGAAUUGAUGAGGCUUUGGACGCUCUAGCAGUGUUGGAGAAGAAGGCUCGGCAAUCCAGCGACGCGGCAACUUGCAGUCGCCUCAUAGUGGAGAUGGCUACUAUCAUAUACAAUGCGAAGCAAUUCGAUAGACUGUUGGAGAUGAUUCACGUCAUGACGAAGAAGCGAGGCCAACUGAAGCGCGCCGUUGCCGAUCUGGUACACGUGUGCAUGGGAUGGUUGGACAACUUGGAUAGGAAACAGCAAUAUGCUAUGGUCGACACUCUCUCUGAAGUCACAGAAGGCAAGAUAUUCGUCGAAGUUGAGCGCGCUCGACUGCGUUUGAGGCUUGCACACAUGAAGGAGGAAGAUGGAGAACCGAUUGAGGCCGCGAACAUCAUCCAAGAUGAGCAGGUUGAGACAUGUGGUGCGAUGGAGAAAAACGAGAAGGCCGAAUACAUUCUGGAACAGAUGCGUCUAGUGCUGCGAAAAGGCGACUACAUACGUAGGAUAUGCGCACUGUGA